UAUAUCUGUGUGUUGUUGCUGCAGCAUGGCAUCCACGGUGACCCUGGAGGAUGCUCUGUCCAAUGUGGACCUUCUGGAGGAGCUGCCUCUCCCAGACCAGCAGCCCUGCAUCGAGCCCCUGCCCUGCUCCCUCAUGUACCAGCCCAACUUCAACACCAACUUCGAAGACCGUAAUGCCUUUGUGACGGGGAUCGCCAGAUAUAUCGAGCAGGCCACCGUCCACUCUAGCAUGAAUGAGAUGCUGGAGGAGGGCCAGGAGUAUGCUGUGAUGCUGUACACGUGGAGGAGCUGCUCUCGAGCUAUCCCACAGGUGAAGUGUAAUGAGCAGCCUAACAGAGUGGAGAUCUAUGAGAAGACAGUGGAGGUGCUGGAGCCUGAGGUCACCAAGCUCAUGAACUUUAUGUACUUCCAGCGAUUGGCUAUAGACCGGUUCUGUGGGGAGGUGCGUCGUCUCUGCCACGCUGAGAGGAGGAAGGACUUUGUCUCCGAGGCCUACCUCCUGACCUUGGGGAAGUUCAUCAACAUGUUUGCUGUGCUCGACGAACUCAAGAACAUGAAGUGUAGCGUCAAGAACGACCACUCUGCAUACAAACGAGCUGCCCAGUUCCUCAGGAAAAUGUCAGAACCCUCAUCCAUCCAGGAAUCUCAGAACCUCUCCAUGUUUCUGGCCAACCACAACAAGAUCACUCAGUCUCUGCAACAGCAGUUGGAGGUGAUUAACGGCCACGAUGAGCUGCUGGCUGACAUAGUCAACCUGUGUGUUGAUUACUAUGAGAACAGGAUGUACCUGACCCCCAACGAGAAACACAUGCUGCUCAAGGUGAUGGGGUUUGGUCUGUACCUGAUGGAUGGCAGUAACAGCAACAUCUACAAAAUGGACGCCAAGAAGAGGAUCAACCUGAUCAAGAUUGACAAGUUCUUCAAGCAACUGCAGGUGGUGCCUCUGUUUGGUGACAUGCAGAUUGAGCUGUCCAGGUACAUCAAGACCAGCGCACACUUUGAAGAGAACAAGAACCGGUGGUCAUGUACCUCAACAGGCAGCAGUCCUCAGUAUAAUAUCUGUGAGCAGAUGGUUCAGAUCAGGGAAGACCACAUGAGGUUCAUCUCUGAGCUGGCUCGCUACAGUAACAGUGAGGUGGUGACGGGGUCCGGUCGUCAGGAGGCCCACAAGACAGACCAUGAGUACAGGAAGCUGUUUGACUUGGCUCUGCAGGGGAUGCAGCUACUGUCCCAGUGGAGCGCACACGUCAUGGAAGUGUACUCGUGGAAGCUGGUUCAUCCAACGGAUAAGUACUCGAACAAGGAGUGUCCUGACAACGCGGAGGAGUAUGAACGAGCUACACGAUACAACUACACCAUUGAGGAGAAGUUUGCCCUUGUCGAGGUGAUGGCCAUGAUAAAGGGUUUACAGGUUCUGAUGGGUCGUAUGGAGUCGGUGUUUAACCACGCUAUCCGCCACACCAUCUACUCGGCCCUGCAGGACUUCGCCCAGCUCACCCUGAGAGACCCGCUACGGCAGGCCAUCAAGAAGAAGAAGAGCGUGGUGCAGAGUGUCCUGCAGGCCAUCAGGAAGACCAUCUGUGAUUGGGAGACAGGGCGUGAGCCCCACAAUGACCCUGCCCUGCGAGGAGAGAAAGACCCCAAGGGAGGCUUUGACAUCAAGGUCCCCCGCCGUGCCGUCGGCCCCUCCAGCACACAGCUGUACAUGGUUCGUACCAUGCUGGAGUCUCUGAUAGCUGAUAAGAGUGGUUCUAAGAAGACCCUCCGCAGCUGUCUGGAGGGACCCACCAUCAUGGACAUGGAGAAGUUCCACAGAGAGUCCUUCUUCUAUACUCACCUGCUCAACUUCAGCGAGACCCUACAGCAGUGCUGUGACCUGUCUCAGCUGUGGUUCAGAGAGUUCUUCCUGGAGCUGACCAUGGGACGCAGGAUCCAGUUCCCUAUCGAGAUGUCCAUGCCCUGGAUCCUCACAGACCACAUACUGGAGACCAAGGAGGCCUCUAUGAUGGAGUAUGUGCUGUAUCCUCUGGACCUCUAUAAUGACAGUGCCCACUACGCCCUGACCAAGUUCAAGAAGCAGUUCCUCUAUGAUGAGAUAGAAGCAGAGGUCAACCUGUGUUUUGAUCAGUUUGUCUACAAGCUGGCUGAUCAGAUAUUUGCCUACUACAAGAUUCUAGCUGGAAGUCUGUUGCUGGACAAGCGUCUGAGAGCGGACUGUAAAAACCAGGGAGCCAACAUCCCCUGGCCUGCGUCCAACCGCUACGAGACCCUGCUGAAACAACGCCAUGUACAGCUGCUGGGUCGUUCCAUAGACCUGAACCGUCUGAUCACCCAGAGAGUGUCUGCUGCUCUCUACAAGUCUCUGGAGCUGGCCAUCAACCGCUUUGAGAGCGAGGACCUCACAUCCAUCGUGGAACUAGAAGGUCUGAUGAACAUCAACCGUAUGACCCACAAGCUGCUGUCUAAGUUCCUGACGCUGGACAGUAUGGACGCCAUGUUCCGGGAGGCCAAUCACAAUGUCUCCGCCCCCUACGGACGCAUCACACUCCAUGUCUUCUGGGAACUCAACUACGAUUUCCUCCCCAACUACUGCUACAACGGAUCUACUAACAGGUUUGUCCGCACGGUCCUGCCCUUCUCUCAGGAGUUCCAGAGGGACAAGCCGCCCAACGCCCAGCCCCAGUACCUGUACGGGUCAAAGGCUCUGAACCUGGCGUACAGCAGUAUCUUUGGUUUCUACAGGCACUUUGUUGGUCCUCCUCACAUCAAGGCCAUGUGUCGUCUGCUGGGGUACCAGGGCAUCGCUGUGGUCAUGGAGGAGCUGCUGAAAGUGGUCAAGAGCCUGCUCCAGGGCACAAUCAUGCAGUAUGUGAAGACCCUGAUGGAGGUGAUGCCUAAGAUCUGCCGUCUCCCACGCCACGAGUACGGCUCGCCGGGUAUCCUGGAGUUUUUCCACCACCAGCUGAAGGACAUAGUAGAGUACGCCGAACUGAAGACCGUCUGCUUCCAGAACCUCAGGGAGGUGGGAAAUGCACUGCUCUUCUGUCUGCUCAGCGAACAGAGCCUGUCUCAGGAGGAGGUGUGUGACCUGCUACAUGCCGCACCAUUCCAGAACAUUCUUCCCAGGGUCCAUGUCAAGGAGGGUGAGCGUCUUGAUGCCAAGAUGAAACGCCUGGAGACUAAAUACACAGCCCUGCACCUGGUUCCUCUGAUAGAACACCUGGGAACCCCACAGCAAAUAGCCAUUACCCGUGAAGGUGACCUGCUGACCAAAGAGCGUCUGUGCUGUGGCCUGUCCAUGUUCGAGGUCAUCCUCACACGUGUCCGCGGUUUCCUGGACGAUCCCAUCUGGCGCGGCCCUUUGCCCAGCAAUGGCGUGAUGCACGUGGACGAGUGUGUGGAGUUUCACCGGCUGUGGAGCGCCAUGCAGUUUGUUUACUGCAUCCCUGUAGGAGCACACGAGUUCACCGUGGAGCAGUGUUUCGGGGACGGUCUCCACUGGGCUGGGUGUAUGAUCAUCUCCCUACUCGGUCAACAGAGACGCUUUGACAUCCUGGACUUCAGCUAUCACCUGCUGAAGGUGCAGAAACACGAUGGAAAGGAUGAGAUCAUCAAGAGUGUGCCUCUUAAAAAGAUGGUGGACAGAAUCCACAAGUUCCAGGUUCUCAACGAUGAGAUCUACGCCAUUCUGAACAAGUACCUGAAGUCAGGCGACGGGGAAAAUAUGCCUGUGGAGCAUGUCCGGUGUUUCCAGCCUCCUAUCCACCAAUCCCUGGCCAGCAACUGAGAUUGACCAUCCAAUAGCAUGAAUCAGCAAUACAUUUCCUAUAGCACCAUCCACUUAUGUUUAACUAAGCACAAAGGAUGCAUCUCAAACGUUUUAUAUAAGUGCACUACCUAGGGAAUAGGGUGCCUUUUUGGAGGCACUUAUCAAAUAUUCUUCCACCUUUUAAACUAGAUGAUAGGAACACUGUGGACCAUUUUCAGCAAGUUGAAAUCAUGAACAGAAAUAAACGAGGUCUAAAUCAUGUUUGAUCUGUAAGUAUAUAUAUUUUUCAGAACUGUUUAAAGCAGCAGUGGCCCAACUUUCCUUACAUAAUGUUUGUCAGGAUGAUUUUUGUGCCUUAAGUAAUCAAUCGCAAAACUGUGUUUCAUAUAUCUGGAACACUGUAGACCAGGGAAUGAUUUAUUUAAGGGGUUUGGGGGUGGUGGGAUAUCAUUGUAGCCUGUACUCAAU